UGGCAAUUUUAAGCAGAGUUUAAUUCCAACUCAAAUGCUCGUAUAUUUUUCGCUACUUUACCAUACACUAGUUAUUAACCUCAAGUUGUGGUCGCUUGUAGACACAAAUUCUUGGAAAGCCGCAAUUACUACUCUUAACUCGCUUUAAAAGCCAGAACAAGUUUAGUCAUCCUUGUAUACACACGCUUACCGCCUGGCAUACUGAGAAAAAUCCGCUUAAAAUGCAGAUUUUCUUUUUAACCGGCAUUAUUCUUUUACUUGUCGUGCUCUUUUCGAGUUUGGUGAUGGACUGUUAUGUGUACCAAAGCUGCCUAACUAAACGAAACCGGCUUGGCUCUUAUGUGACGCGCGAUGUGUAUCGUCAGAUGGCGAAGGAGUCACAAGACAUAUGUUUAGGUGCCUGUAAUUACAACAAAACUACACAACUGAUUUGUUGUGCAUAUCGAGAUGUGCCGGCGGACAAAAGAAUAUCGCAAAUUCAAUGUGACAUAAAUCACACGAGAUAUCAGCUAAUAGUGCAUGGCAAACUGGCACAGCGAAAUGAAUUCCCUUUUAUGUUAAUUUUUUUACAGGGCGCCAUUGGUUGGCGUGAUUUGGUUGUGGUCAACAGGAUAACCUACAAAUGUGGCGGCGCUUUAAUCGAUCGAAGAUAUUUGCUGACAGCUGCGCACUGCCUUUUUCAUUCAAAUGAGCCCCCCAUUGUGGUGCGUCCUGGCGGUUUCAACCUAACCGAUGCGCAUGCAAAGGAUUUCGAAAUCGAUGAAAUUUACAUACAUCCUGGUUUUGAAUAUCCGAGCGCCUACAACGAUAUUGCAAUUAUAAGAUUAAAAGAACCAUAUUAUGCCGAGAGUUUCGAAAACACUGGUCCGGCCUGCACUUGGGCACUACCCUUAUUUGCAGCAAAUGUUACAGCUAUCGGCUAUGGAAGCACACGAUUUGCCGGUUUAGCAUCGGACUCUUUAAUGAAGACGAACCUUACCAUUCUGAAUAAUGAAGAAUGCGGUAAAUACUACGAACAAGAUGACGAUUUGCUUUAUCAUGGCAUUAUACAUUCGCAGUUGUGUGCAAACGAUACGGUUGGAAUGAGCGACACCUGCCAGGGCGACUCUGGCGGACCUAUUAUAAUGUACCGUACUGAUGAUGAGAAUGAGGAUUAUUAUUACGAAAUGCCCUACGUGGUUGGCAUUACCUCAUUCGGCAAUGGUUGUGGUUCUAGGGUGCCGGGGGUGUACACACGUGUCGCCAGCUAUAUAGACUGGAUUGAGAAAAUCGUAUACUGAGAAAAUAAGCAAAUAAUACAAAUGAUGUAACACAGCAAUUUUCCAAU